UAGAACCUGUUGUUUGGCUUCGCCCCCUCACUGAUGACACCUGAGCGGAUCUUCUUACCGGAAGUGAAGUCUGCGCUAGCUUGUUGUCACUUCUUGUUACCUGCACGCACGACGACAUAGGUGGAGCUUUCGUCAAGUCGCUGUAGUCGACCAAGAGUUUAAAAUUGCAACAAGAGGCUUGUUUAAGUGGAUAUCUUUUUUUGCCCCAACCAUUUCUGUGAAGCCUUUGUCACGAAAGAACUCCACUGAGGCCGACAACGAGGAUGUUUCACGGUUGGUUGGUUUCGGUGCUUUUGUUCAAGACUAUUCUAACAGGUGUAAGUGGCUUUGCAGUAACCACUAGCAAGGCAAACGUACAAGUUAAGGAAAAUGCAGGGGUUGACCUCACAUGCUCUUAUUCAGCGGACUUUGGUUCAAAUGCCAGGGUGGAGUGGAAGUUCAAGGACAACUCGGGUUCACAAAAAUAUGUUUUUUAUGAUGGGAAGCCCACUACACCGUAUUCCAACCGUGUGACAAUGUAUGGCAGCAACCUGAGAUUCAGCAAAGUGACUCGUAAGGAUAAUGGAUUGUACGACUGCGAGGUGUCUGGGGUUAAUAGCCAGUUUGGGGAGGUCAGAGUGACUCUCACAGUACUCGUGCCACCAUCACCACCCUUGUGUAGAAUUCCCACCUCGGUCACGACUGGAAAAAAGGCCUUGCUGUCCUGCCAUGAUAUGGACGGCUCCCCCCCUCCAGAAUAUAAAUGGUACAGAAAUGGUGUCCUCCUGCCGCCUGAACCAAGCAAGAUUUCCGGCUUCCAGAAUUAUACCUACCUGAUGAACCCUAAAAAUGGCAAUCUGGAGUUUCCUUCUGUCAGAAAGAUGGACACGGCUGAGUACUACUGUGAGGCUUCCAACAUUGCCGGUCCGUCUCAACGCUGUAAAGCUGUCAAAAUGGAAGUCCGUGACAUCAAUACAGGAGGCAUUGUUGCAGGUGUAAUUGUGGCUCUCCUGCUGCUUGUCCUACUCGCUCUGGGAAUUUGGUACGCUCACAAAAAAGGAUACUUGCCCCGAAUGACUGAAAGCAGACAAAAACCCAAUGUGGUUUACCAGCCGCCUUCCGUGUAUGGUGGUGAGGAUGAUGAUGGAGAUUUCAAGCAGAAGUCAUCUUUUGUGGUAUAGUCUACAAGCAACAGCCUGGUUUCAACUGUGUGUGCCUUUGCAGUUUUUACAUGACAUCCUCACAUCUAAAAAAAGAAUGAUGUUCCAAAGUUGUCAUACAGCAGUGUGACCAUAAAUUUCAUCAAUCUGUUUCAUCUGCUGUAGGCUAUAUCAGCUUGUCGGUUUUGCACACACGGUUUUAGAAGAAAUGCAGAACUACUGCACAAGCAAGUAAUAGCACACGAUUUUGAUGGUGUCUGUAGUUACUAAGCACUCAAAUUUUACAAGUUUUUGGAGUGUGCUGCUUAUUUACAUGUUUAAUACUAGCACAAGUCAUUUUAAUUACAUGUCAAGCUGUUGAAGAUGGCUGCCCUGAGCAUUAUUGUUGGCAAACCAUGUCAGUGUGUUAUCGGAGUUGUCAUGAAGUUUUUUUUUCUGUAGAUAGUAUCUUUGUUUGUGCUAUUCAUAAAAUCAGUUAUUUUACCUUUCCUUUGGUAUGACUGACAUACAUGUACCUUGUAAUAUAUGUAGGGUUUUUUUUUCCAGUUUAAUAACCAAAAUACAGUGGAACCUUGAUUAUCAAACAAACACAUGUUAUCCGAGUACAAUUUUCCUAUAGAAAAUAUAAUGUAAAUCCAAUGAAUCCUUUCUGAAAGCCAAAAAUGUUAACUUUUUUUUUUUUUUUUUUUUACAAUUAUAGUUUUACUUGCCGAGAACAAUCCAAAAUGCAUGUGAAUACAUAUAAAUGAUAAAUGGAAAGGGUAAAUGUUACUUUUACCUUAACCGAAGAUGAAAACGGGAAGGUGGUAGUGGUUGAUCUCGCUGACACUUCAUGUCUUUGGGAACCGUCACUUCAAUGAAGGUAAACUAACGUUCAUUUAUCCCUUUCCUUUGUCAUGUAUAUGCAUUCAGAGUUGUUUAUGCAUGAAAAACUAGAUUUAUAUAGGGAUAAUGUGGUACCAUUUUUGAGAGUGAAAUGCUAAUGACAUAUACAGCUGACAGAACUUCUGGUGCUGGUUGCCUUUUUGUAAUAGGAUGCUAACAAGGAAUAAUCGUGUCUGAUAAAUACAUUAAGAACACUGUUGGUUCACUCAGGUGUAACACAACAACACAAGAUGCGUGCAUUCUUUGAUUUUUCAAUAUGCUGCACUCACAAGAGAAAGUUUGGACACCCCUGGGUUAGACUAAUGCAAACAGGCCAUUGUUUUUAUUUUUAUUUAUUUUUUAUUACCUUAUUAGAAUCGCAUGACAGGUGUGUGUGAAUUAAUCUCUGAUCAGACAUUUUUGUAUGAUCAUGUAUUGUCUCAACACAAAUAUGAACUUAUCCCAACGUCUUUUCCUGAUUCUUUGUGCUUUUGGUAGGUAAUUCUUUAACAAUCAUGUUCACCGGUUUGAUGUUAACACGCCAUGAAUUUAUACAAUAUUUAUUUGGGAGCCCUGCAUAUUUUCCACAUACUGUAUGUUUGGAGCUGACAAAUCAACCUGAUUAUGUAACAUUUGCGUUGCUAAUAAAAAUGUGUUCUUUAAA